CAAAGCGCUUCAAUACCCCCCUAAAUUUCAAAAUUACCCUCUUGGUUGAAAAUCCAUGUUCUACACCAUCACUAUUUUUUAUAAGAGAAGGUGCUUGUUCAGACUCAGCAAUUCUACUGGCACACUUUUUCUUUUUUCAGAUAGUGCGUAAGGCUAUUUUCGAAGAUGGGACAACCACCAAAUGACGAAGAAAAGAGGGAUGACAUCACUAUACAAGUACCCACAGAGGGGAAAGUAACGGGUCGGUUGAUCCUGGCGGUUUUGGCAGCAGUUUCUGGAUCGUUUCUAUUUGGUUACAAUACUGGUGUUAUCAAUGCACCCGAAGAAAAAAUCAAAGCAUUUUUAAAUUCUACAAAUAUAGAUAGAGAUGGCGAACCAUUGACAGUUGCUACCCAGACCAAUCUCUUUGCUAUUAUAGUGGCAAGUUUUGCUAUAGGUGGUGCAGUUGGCGGUCUGGCAGCAGGACCAUGGGCUGAUAAAUUUGGACGAAAAAAUGGAUCAUUGAUCAAUACCAUAUUUGGAAUUGUAUCAGCUGCUCUGAUGUUCUUCAGUAAAAUGGCCGAAUCUUACGAAAUGCUGAUUGUGGGGCGAUUGUUAGGAGGAAUUUGUUGUGGUCUGAUAACGGGUCUUACACCAAUCUAUUUAUCUGAAAUAGCUGCUCAGAAUAUCCGAGGUGCUUUAGGUGUCCUGCAUCAGCUUGGUGUGGUUUCUGGUCUCCUGUUGUCUCAAAUCUUAGGAUUUCCCGAGAUUAUGGGUACUGCUGAUUUAUGGCACGUUUUACUCGGUCUAUCAGUAAUACCCAGCGUUCUUCAACUAUUGAUAUUUCCAUUCUGCCCAGAAAGUCCACGACAUUUACUAAUUUCUAAAAAUGAAGAAUUUAACGCAAGAAAAGCACUGACAAUUUUGAGAGGAUAUGAUAAUGUCGAACAAGAUAUACAGGAAAUGAAAAUAGAAAACGAAGCCCAGAAAUCAGAAGCACAGGUCAACAUAUGGAAACUAUUGACGUCAAAAAGUUUACGAAUGGCGCUUAUAAUAAGUGUUGUAAUGCAUUUAUCACAACAGUUUGGUGGUAUAACUGCUAUAUUUUACUAUUCUUCAACGAACUUCCAAGAUGCUGGUUUAGAUACUAAUACUGCUAUACAUGCUACCAGUGGAGUAGGUGCCGUCAUGGUGGUUAUGACGAUUGUGACCAUACCGCUAAUGGACAAAGUAGGACGUCGAACUUUACAUUUAGCUGGAUUAGGGGGAAUGUUUGUGUCCUCUAUAUUAAUCACCGUCACUUUAUCUCUCAAGCAUCAAGUAGAAUGGUUUAAUGUAGCUACAGUAGUUUUCUCCCUUGUAUUUGUUGUGUUCUUCGCAUUGGGACCGGGUUCUAUCCCGUGGUUAAUUGUAGCUGAAUUAUUCUCCCAAGGUCCGAGAUCAGCAGCUAUCUCCGUAUCUGUUCUUGUCAAUUGGGUGGCUAAUUUUGGCGUGGGUUAUGCCUUCCCCCAUAUGAAGGACGGCCUAGGAACUUUCUCAUUUAUUCCUUUUACAGUAUUGUUAUUGUUAUUUUUUAUCUUUUUAUACAUUUAUUUACCUGAGACUAAAAACAGAACAUUUGAAGAAAUUACAAGCUUAAUAAGAGGUGAAAAGAAAGCAGAAAAUAUUCAUAAAGACAAAAAUUCUACUCGAGAAAAUUAUCUGGUGUCCUACCAAAAGACUGACAUUAACCAGUGAUCAAAAUAUUAUAUUAUUGUAUAUUUUGUAUGUUAUUGUGUAUUACUAUGUGUUAUUGGAUAUAACUUAGUUUGUUUUGUAAAUUUUUGGAUAUUUGUUAAAUUGCGUCUAUAUUUUAUGGGAUUGUAAAGAAGUUUUAAACUUUUACGUGUAUCGAGGACACUGAUAGCAUCAAUUUGCACCAUUUCAAUUUUCAAUCAGACGUCAAUUCCAUUUAAAAAUAAGCGUUUAAUGACGUCACUAUCCCAAAAGCUGCUAUUGAUAUUAUAUUAUAGAGGCCUUUGCAAGAGUUUACAACGUGAAUUGCAAUAACCACAGACGUAUGAUUGAAAAUUGGAAUGGUGCAAAUCGAAAUAUUUCUUCUGUGUUUUUCUUCGCCAUGUUAUACCAAUAGAGAUGACGUCAGUGAACGGCAUUUUUUUUUAAUCCAGAUUAACUAGCCAUUUAUAUUAUCUCCCUUUGAUAACCGAAUCUAUGGGUGUCCAGAACAAUCCGAGCUUGAACAUUAAAAUAACGACUCGUCUUUUCUGGAGACUUUGCCAUAUUAAGUAUUCCUGAAGUCUAUGUACAUAUAUGAAAGACUCAUAUUGAUGUGGAUGUCUGCACAUGCGUUCUUGAAAUAUCUAUAUUAUAAAGGCAGUUUUAACUG